AAAAUACUAGUUCUUCAAACACAAAAACGAAUGAACAAACUAAACUAAAUACACUUAGAAAUGUAAAUAAAAGAAUAAUUAAAAAUAUAUACAGAUGGCUGUUUACCGUCCCCGAGGCACUUUGGCCAGAGUGAUCCACGCCAAAUUUCACAACGACAACUCCCUAGAGGACAUAGACACCCGAAAGUGGUACUCCUUGAACCAUGAAUUAUCGCCGAGAUUCCAGGCCAAGUUCGUGCCUCUGGAGCCGGAUGCCACCACUGUGAGCUGGCUGGAACGCGCUAAAGCUUUGUCGGCCAAUAUCUGGACCCACUUGUGGCACGCCCUGGCCAGGUCCAUUCUCCAGUUCUUCAUGACCCAGACGGAUAUCAAUGGAUUCUUAAAGCGUGGCUCUAUGUUCAUCCUAUCUGAAGACCAGUUCCGCAAGUUAUUACUGGCUGGUGGUUUUCAAACUCCCAGUGGAGACGAACCGCUUACGUUACUGGACAUCGGAGCAGGCGAUGGCGAGAUUUCGCUGCGAGUGGCCAACACCGUUUCCGAGUUGAGUGGCAGUGCCGGUCUCCGGGUUUUUGCGACCGAAGCCAGCUGGACCAUGCGCGAUCGGCUAAAAAAGUUAAACUUCAACGUAAUUAACGAAAUUGGAGGCCUGCAAAACCUGGAGUUGAUUCUGUGUCUCAACGUACUUGACCGGUGCUUCGAUUCUUUCAAGCUUCUCGAGGACAUUCACGUGGCACUCGCUCCCAACGGACGAGCCGUGGUGGCCCUAGUACUUCCCUACAUGCACUAUGUUGAAACGAACACCUCGCAUUUGCCUCUGCGCCCGCUCUUAGAGAACAACGGGCGGCAGGCAUCGUUCGAGGAAGAGGCAGCCCGUUUUAUGGAGCUGCUGGAAAACUGCGGCUUUCGGGUGGAGUCGUGGACCAAGGCGCCGUACUUAUGUGAGGGUGAUCUUCAUCAGUCUUUCUAUUGGCUAAUAGACUUAAUCGUUGUAAUUUCAAAGAAAACAUUCUAGAUCAAAGCUUCCAAAUAUUGAAUCAAUUCCCUCGGUAAUAGUUGUAAUCGUUUUCCUCCUAUAGUUAACUGGCUGCAUUGAUAAACUGAGCAUUUAUACUUAUUAAAAAUAUAGGCUAUAAAGUAGGUAAAAAAUGUAUUCUUAAACAAUUACCAAAAAUGUAUAUGGAUAAACAUGGUUAAAUUAAAAGUCGCGUUCGAAACGGAAAA